AUGGCACCGGCAGAGGGCGACGCGCCAGAGGCACGCACGCAGGGGGACGACGCGCAGGAGCGUGCCAGUCAAUUGGGGGACGCCAGCAAGGCGUCUGAGUCGCAGGAAACACCGGCGGAGGCGUCUCCUUCGGGCAACGAGCGCCGGGUGCACUUCGCGGGCAACAACGACGACAAGGAGGGCGACAGCGGCGAGGGGCACGUCGACGAGGAUGGAGAUGAGGUCAUGGAGGGCUCCACCGUGAAUGUAGAGGCCAAGGAGAGUGAUGAGCGGCUGAACGCAGAUUCCGCCGCGUCGAGCCAUCUGAACGCAGUUUCAAUCAGCUUGAAACGGGGUUUCAGCCACAUUCCUCAGUUGUCACUCCACCACUUCUCCGCCGAAGUCACAUCAACGCGCAGUAGGCUGGAUACACUCCACUCUCCACAGUAUCAGUUCACGUAA